AUGCCUUGGAAAAUUGAGAAAAUCAAGGAUUUUCUGCUCACAGCCAGGUGGAAGGUUGCCAAAUCUGUCAAGAUCAAGAAGAACAAGGAUGAUGAGAAGUUCAAAGCUUGCUGUAGCGGGUAUCUUUAUACCCUGGUUAUUACAGACAAGGAAAAGGCAGAGAAACUGAAGCAGUCUGUACCCCCAAGUUUGACAGUGAAGGAGCUGAAAUGA